AUGGGCGUGCAACAAGAUUUCUUGCCACGCAUCCAGCGAUCGCAGCCACAGCCUGCCAAGUCUCCCCGCGGACUCUCAAGGCGCUCGAGCUUCCGUCGUCACUCUCACCCCGCGGCCAUCGAGCUACCCGAAGACGUACGCGCUCUCAAGCAACGAAUCCUCGAAACCCACCCAGCCAAGCUUACGCGCUUCAGCCUGAGCCAUAUGCGUCACAUGGCUAUCCCGCCGGUGCUCAUUCCGGACACACUCAACGACCGCCGUGCUAUCCGCACGGUCGUGUCUGGCAAGAGCGUUCCGCUCACCAUGCACAUGUGGGAGAACUGCAAAAGGAAGACCAAGCACCUCGACAUGAUCGACGAGUACGUCACCUACCGGUGAGAAUCAUUCCACCUUGCGUCCCGUUCCAGUUGUUAGUCCCUUUCGCCGCCGUCCUUCGGAGACGACGAGUUCAGCGCCGAGAAGUUUCAGCCACCCCGCCAAUAGAUCUACGAGCUCAAAGAGGUAGCCUAAGCUUGAACAUGACGCAC